UUGCCAUGCAUGAGAAUGUUCUCAAGUGUCCCACUCCGGGCUGCACAGGGCGAGGGCAUGUAAAUAGCAACAGGAACUCGCACAGAAGCCUCUCUGGAUGCCCUAUUGCUGCAGCAGAGAAAUUGGCAAAGGCGCAGGAGAAACACCAGAGCUGUGAUGUGUCCAAGUCCAACCAGGCCUCAGACCGAGUGCUAAGGCCAAUGUGCUUUGUAAAGCAGCUCGAGAUCCCUCACUACGGCUACAGAAACAACGUCCCCACGACCACGCCUCGCUCCAACCUGGCCAAAGAGCUGGAGAAAUAUUCCAAGACCUCGUUUGAGUACAACACUUACGACAGCCAUACUUAUGGCAAGCGGGCCAUAGCUCCCAAGGUGCAAACCAGGGAUAUAUCCCCCAAAGGAUAUGAUGCAAAGCGGUACUGCAAGAACGCCAGCCCCAGCAGCAGCAGCACCAGCAGCUACGCGCCCAGCAGCAGCAACAUGAGCUGCGGGGGCGGCAGCAGCGCGAGCAGCACGUGCAGCAAGAGCAGCUUCGACUACGCGCACGACGUGGAGGCGGCGCACAUGGCCGCCACGGCCAUCCUCAACCUGUCCACGCGCUGCCGCGAGAUGCCGCAGAACCUGUCCACCAAGCCGCAGGACCUGUGCGCCGCGCGGAACCCUGACAUGGAGGUGGACGAGAACGGGACUCUGGACCUCAGCAUGAACAAGCCACGGCCACGGGAGAGCUGCUGCCCGGUCCUGACGCCCCUGGAGCCCAUGUCCCCCCAGCAGCAGGCAGUCAUGGGCAGCCGGUGCUUCCAGCUGGGAGAGGACGACUGCUGGGAGCUGCCCGUGGACUACACCAAGAUGAAGCCUCGCAGGGCCGACGGGGGUGACACCGCCGAGGUCCCUCCGGAAGACUUGGACCCAUUCCAGGAGGCUCUGGAGGAGAGAAGGUACCCAGGAGAGGUGACCAUCCCCAGCCCCAAGCCCAAGUACCCCCAGUGCAAGGAGAGCAAGAAGGACUUAAUAACAUGUCCAACACCAAGGUGUGAUGGAAGUGGUCAUGUGACUGGUAAUUACGCCUCACAUAGAAGUCUGUCGGGCUGCCCCCUCGCCGACAGAAGCAUUCGGAGCAUGCUGGCCACCAGCUCGCAAGAACUCAAGAUCCCUGUCCAAGGCCCUAGUGCCAUAGAUCACCUGCUCAUGUUCAGUGACCUCCUGAACUAG